AUGUCGACCUCUAGUAAUAUCAAAAUUAUUAAACAAAUCAAUGAAUAUAAAGAAAAGCUAGUUGCAAAAGGAAUGUAUGACGAUAAUUUUGAGAUUUUAUCUCUUGGCGGAUUUAUUGCUAAACGAAUUUUACUUCAUGAGCAGGAUGUAAGUUAUGUUCGUAAUAAUAAAAUAGAGCAUGUACCACAUGAGGA